CACUCCAACACUACACUUUAUUUUUCAUUCCUAGCAAGGAUCGCACACAAACCUCCUAUGUAGAACCUCUAUGGAACUCAAAAGUGAGAGCUCCGAGACACAAGGAUGACUCAUGUUUAGACACGAAGAAAGGAUUGGGGGUCGUUCUAUCAACACCAUUAAGCUCACAAGCACGAAGCUCUUAACUUAAGAAUGACCCUCGAAGUCACAAGGCUCAAAGGGGUUGACUAGUGGAUAACACAUUUUGGGACAAUCAACAUUUGGGCGUGGACUAAUCCUAUGCCUCCAUCAUACUCACUAGUGACAAAUCUGAUGUUACUCGCCAUGGUAAGAGGGAUCUAAACACACAAGAAGAAAACGAUUGGCUCAAAGCUCACAUGGCUACCUAGUCACCCAACCAUCUAUUCCAAUUCACAAACACAAUGCAUGGCAAUUGUAAUCAACAAGUAAUCGAGUCAAGACAUCCAUUCAUUUAUGCACACAUGAGAACUAAACUUUUGCACUAUCCUAAUGGACCUCUCAGUCAUCAUCAUAGGAUAUACUCGAUCACAUGCACCAAUUCAAGGUCAAUGCCAAUAAACACGAGAUUUUCCCACACACCGGCCACUUUGAUCAUGCAAACAUUGCUUGGUGCCCUCAAAAUUUUGAAAUUUGGGCAUACAUAAGGCUCCAAACAUCAAUCACACUCACACAAGCAUAAUAGUAUACUACCCCCCCCCCCCCCCCCCACACACACACACUUAAGCUCGACAUUGCCCUCAAUGACAUAAGAAAGGGGUAGAAUGAUGUUACCGCUUGGGCUUGGUGAGUGAUAGUUGGAAUCCACUCUGGGGUAGGAUAUUUGGAGCUUCAAGGAGAGAUAAAAACACACACACAAUACGACUCGCUCGUGGUGAGGUUAUUAUAAACACAAUAUGAUAGUAGUAGUAGUUUAUGGUCACACACACAAAAGAAAGAAAACUAAAAAAAAACAAGUUCAGAGUUAUAAGUGGAGAAGUGGGGCGAAAGAAAUCGGCUCUGUCACAUGUCUCACUCGUCAGCUACCUCUCGCGGGUGGAAGGACCCUCCCUCUCAUCUGGAAGGAGGCCCUGACGUUGAGCCAUCAGCUCGAGGAGAUCAGUCUAUCGGUCGAGGCAGGAAGUCACUCCCGGGAAGCUCGUCUCAAGGUGAUCCACCUUCUGGACAAGGGGAUUACCGUCUGCUGCUGCUGGUGGUGGCUGGGCUGGGCGCUGGAGAGCGGGACGCCGGCAGCGGCCGGGUGCUCGAGCAUGUGGCUGCUCUGCUGGUGGGCCCUCAAGAUCAGGACUCAAUUCCACAAUGUACUGAAUUGGUCCAAAGGUGCGCAAUAAGCGCAUGGAGUGCAAGGUACCCUCGUCAAACCUCUAGGUGUGCCCUUCUCUCGAGCACCCUGCAAGGAUGACAUUGAAGUAUCGAGCAAGGCGAGUGAUGUAGGGACCCAUCGAUGUGACAUAACAAUGGUUUCCCUCUUGGCCCUAGAAAAAGAAGCGGCCAUGACUAAACCCAGAUGCAGAGUGCUAGAUAGGUCCACCAUGCAAGAACACGCCAAUAAAAUUCUCUCGGUUAUCUUGUUCGGGUUGUGGUACGCCGAGUAGGGGGAACGAGCCAGGAGUGCAACAAUGACCCGCCACUGGGGUUGGAGUGUAGAUGCCAAUGUGAGGGCCGACCUAAACUUUUUCCUUCGGUACUUUGGAAGGCAAAACUUCAGAAAUGUGGCAUUCGCGUCAAAACUUCGGAUGGCGUCUUCCUCCCAAUCGUCCUCAUGUUUGGCUUUCACUCCAAGGGCCUCGGGGUAUGGCUGGUCCAUGUUAACCAUCCUGUACAAAUCAGCAAACCAGCACCAUAUGUGGAAACAAUCAUCAAAUAUUGCUCAUUGGGAGGAAAAUAGAUUCUCCCCACACCUAUAUUCCCGCCAUGGAUAUCAAACAUUUAAGCUUAAGCACACCGUGGCAUGAUUGUGGGUAUUUCACAGUUCAUUCAUACAAAAGUACGGACCACAACCCAAACCACGGUGGCUACCAUCCACCAAACAAGCAUAAAUGUUCUCAAGCAUUCACAAAAUAGCACUUGGUGGGCAAAUUCUGAAAAGAAAGACAAUUCGAUUCA